CAUCACUCACUGUGUCCACCAUGUUGCCUCCCUCACCCUACUCUCUCGGUAGAAGUAGAAGAAAUUGAAGCAAAUUUGCGAGCAAGAAUGAUAAAAAUGGCGACUUUUUCUUCUCCUUUCCAGUUCCCCCUCUUGUUUCGACGGAGUUCUCGUCUGAUCUGUGGACUGUGGGUUUGAUCGCCUCAUUUAUGAGUUAUGACUGAAUCGAGCUCUGCCAUCUGUGGCUACUGUGACCACUGCUCCGCACAGAGAGAGAAGCUGGGAGGAGAGAGUGAGGGAAGGCGAAGACACGGAGGUAAAGCCUUUCGAGUACCGCUGGGGUCUUAAUUGCGCCUAUCCCUCUUCCUCUGAAGCUUGCAUCGAUCCCUUGCGGCUUCUAGGUGGGCUGGUUCUCCCUAUUCGCCCCCGGAAAAAAGCAAAUUUUGGAUGCUUUCCCCCUUCCUGCCAUUAAAGAGGGCUGACAAAGUUUGAGAAAGGUGAGGCCUUUUCUUGCUUUUAGUGAUCCGGACGAGGGCGAAAUGGCAUUGAGCUAGGGUUCCACUUCAGGGCUCGCCUUUGUUGAUAUUUGCUAGGUUGAUUGGAACCAGGGGAUUUCGGCAUCCGUGGUGUUAUCUAAAAGCUGCGUUUUUUUUUUGGUUCAUCUAUGGAUGGACGGGAGGCCAUGGCGAUGCCCGGCGUGGUGCCGUAUUACCUAGCUCAUAGAGGAAUUCCUAGUUCGCUUGCAGCCUCGCAGCCUGGAUUGCACUUGGCGGCACAUAGUCUGAGCAUCCAUUCCUCCGGCGUCGGUUCGGGGGCGUUUCAGGUGGAGUCUCCGCCUGCGGCCUCGGCCCACGGCGGCGGUGGUCUGGGCGAAGGUGGAAGCCAAGUGGAACCGGUGAAGCGGAAGAGAGGACGGCCAAGAAAGUAUGGGCCAGAUGGGACUGUAGCUUUGGCGCUAUCGCAUAGUUCAUCGUCUGCUCCCUCUGGCCCCGUCGGAAUCGGGCCUGGGUCAGCUCCGGGGUCUGGUACUCCGGCCCAGAAGCGAGGGAGAGGGCGGCCGCGUGGCUCAGGGAGGAAGCAGCAGUUAGCAUCGUUUGGGGAAUGGGUUGCUGGUUCAGCUGGGAUGGGGUUUACUCCGCAUGUCAUAACUAUCGCAGUUGGAGAGGACAUUGCCACAAAGAUAAUGUCAUUUUCACAGCAGGGACCAAGGGUUGUCUGUAUCCUCUCAGCAAAUGGUGCUGUCUCCACUGUGACCCUUCGACAAUCUGGAACUUCUGCAGGCACAGUUACUUAUGAGGGCCGUUUUGAAAUACUUUGUUUAUCUGGUUCAUACAUGAUGACUGACAAUGGAGGAUCACGGAGCAGAACCGGUGGACUGAGCAUCUCUCUUUCAAAUACCGAUGGUCGGGUAAUUGGUGGCAGUGUAGCAGGAGUACUUGUAGCUGCCACCCCCGUACAGGUAAUCGUAGGAAGUUUCAUUUAUGCAGGACCAAAGGCGAAAAAGAAAGCAAAAGCUAGCAGUGAAACAAAUCCUGAAGUGGAGCAAACUACAUUUGUUAGUCUUCCUAAUCCAAAUCUUACGACUUCACCAAUCAUCGGGGGGUGGUCUGGGCCGAGGCAAUUGGAUAUGAGGAAUGCUCACAUCGAUAUCGACUUGACUCGAGGGUAGAUUAUCGUAAUCAUUGUGGCAAUAUGUUGUUAAUACAUGUUGUCAAACAAUGACUUGUUCAUUAGACUUAAACAUGGAAAGAGAUUCGUAAGGGUUGCUAACAUCAUCAUGUCUUCAGUUCCAUGGAUUGCAAAUGUGGAUGCUUUAAUAUAUUAGAAAAGUUUGUUUUGCCUUUGGAGUUGUAUUUAAGAACUGGUUAUAUAUGUUACGAUGUAAUGAGUUGCAAUGCUCGUUUAGUGAAUAUAUUUAUGUCCAUUUAA